AUGUCCAGUGCCCACAGUGCACAGAGCCCACUCGCGACGAGCACCGUUGUUGCCCCUGGUGACGGCUUUGCGACUGAGACUCCCUUCUCCAACUCGAUCGAGGCAAUCCGUGCGCGACUACAGGAUGUGAUGCGCAAUAUCGACGACGUCUUGGGGGCUGCACAGCGUGCCUCCAGCCCCGCCGCAUCAAGAAGUGCUGCUGCUGGUGCGGAAGCCUCGUUCCCGCGAGUUAACUGCUGGGAGGUCAAGGAUCAGGGCGAUGGACGACGACUGCAUGGCAGCCCGACGAGUUGCGCUGCGGCGCUGGCGCUGUUGAGAGCCAGGCAAGGUUCCGCUGCUCCUAGGAGCGCAGAAGCCUGCACCUUGCCGGUAUGCCAGCCACCAUCAACGCGACAUUCAGAGCCGGUGAGCAAGGGCUCGCCCACCCCAGGCCCCUCCGUCGCCACGCCAUUUACGGCCUCUUACUCCCGCGAAAGUGCCUCCACUGCCAGCGCAACGACGGAGGCCGGGACGGCUCUCUCGGCCACCUAUGCAGCAGCCCUGGACUUUUGGCGGGUCUAUGGCCGACACACCUACCGACCCGCGCCGAUGGGACAAGGAGGUCUCACCGCAGCCUCUUUGGCUGAUGCAGCUCUUGCGUCGACCGCCGCCUCGACACUCUCUGCAACACCUGUAGCAGGUGCUCACAAUGCCCACACUGCAGCAUCUAUCACCUUCGCGCCGCCACUGCCGCCAUACUCGAAGGGGCAAAGCUCCGCUGCAGGUACCAACUUCGCGGAGAGGGCGAACACCGACACGGAGAUCCUCGCUGACACUGCUGUCAGACCUGCACGGUUGUUUACCACGUUGUCGACGACUGCAGCGACGGCGACGGCUCCGACGGACCGCGAGGCAACUUUUGCUCCGCUAUCUUGGCCGUCUCCAGCUGCGCUGCCGGCGUCUCUCGCUGCCACAACGCCGUCCACGACGAGAUCAAGGUCGCUGACGCCUGAUUGCAGUCGCACCCGUCACACACAGCCCCCGCGGGCCCUAGCGGAUGACUCGUACUUUUCCACGACUGCACCAGCCCCCCUGCCGUCGCCAUCGUCGGUGAACACCCUGUCUGCGCGGCUGGCGGCACUUCGCGCUGCCGACACGGCUCAGCGUAGUUCGAUGCUCACGCAGCAGAAGCAGCGACAGGAAUGGUCUCAUGGUGAGACAAGACACGUUUCCUCGGGGACUUCGGCGCUGGUGGCUCGCGAUACUGCUCCGUUGGCGAACUACGGUCUUUGCGAGCACCAAGGCAACGAGAUAGGCACUAGCGAGUACUUUGGCACGAAUGCCGCCCCCGUACAUGACCGGCAAAACCUGGCAGAAGCACAGCAUCUGCCGCAGAGGAGUGUCGCCGGGGAAAAGAGCUCCACCAACGCUAUUUCAGAUGACAACUGGCUGGUGUGCAGCCCCCCGUCGAAACCUGCGACAUCGCCAACAGCAAAGACGCGGCAAGCACAGCGGGCCAGUCGACGAGAUGAGACCUCUUCCAUCGUCUCGCUCGCCCAAGAGAUGCAGGCGGCCCGGGAGGCGGCGUGGCGCGGUGCUCAGGACAGUGUGAAGCUGGAGCCUCCGAUCCGGCCGCCACCUCGACCUCCUCUCGACACUUUCGGGCUGGCGAAGUACACUCCAACGUCUCGGGUACCCGAGCACCGCGGCGGAGGCAUCGGCGACAAGCCGCUCUUCGCUCUCGCAACCACCGUCGACACAAGAUCGGGCGCCGCUGUUGCAGCUGCGUCUUCACGCGCUUUGACAACGUCAACCGCACCGCUUGAUGCACUCCAGGCAGGACUCUUGCCGUCGGCGAUUGCGGUGGCCACCGUCGGCGGGGCCGUAGUGGAGAAUGAGUCGCUGCCGAUGCACGAGGAGUUGGCGAUGCGUGAGCGACUGGCUGUGCGACGGCAGCGGCAGAGCGAACACGCGCUCGCCCUGCAGGACGGGGUGGCAGAGCACCAGAAGCAGCGCUACGAGCGCCUCAGCGACGUCCGCGAUCGCGACGUGGCCGAACACCUCCGCGGAGAGAUGGCUCGGCAGAUGGCGGUGCAGGUUGCUGCGCAGGCCCGUGUGACACAGGUGCGUGCCGCGUUGCCAGACCAGCCGGAAGCCGUGACCAGUGACGAGCUCAUCGCUAUUCACCUGCACGCACAGCAGCUGGAGCGGCUGCGAGAGCAGACGCAGUUGGUGAUGGGGCGGUCACCUUCGCUCCAUGUGGGAGCAGCCCCCGCGCCUGCAGUCGAUGCGGUGUCCACGACGGAGUCUUCCUCUUUGCUGAUCCCAGUGGCUGCAAAUGGCAAGGCCUGCAGCAUUGCAGCAGCUCAGCGCGGGCACAUCACGGAGAGGGUCUCAGCGACAGCGCAGCAGACGCGCACCAGCAACAGUGAUGUAACUAUCGACCCAAGUGUUGUUGCUGGCGGCGGUCGCCGCAGCGCUGGUGCGCCAUCUGCGUCGACGCAGAUCACCGCUUCCGCUGACCGGGAGGCAACACCAGAGCAGACGAUGGCGGCACAUCGAGCGCGUCCGUCCUCCUCCUCCAACGAUCUCGUGCAGAGACACGCGGCAGAGUCGCGCCAGCACUGCUUGGCCACGCCUGCUCACGCCAAUGGGCGAGUGGCCGGAGAGGCCAUGCAGGAAACCGAGCGAUCUGCUGGUGGCUCCCUGGACGAGGACUUGCUUACUUCGACGCAACUACCACUUCCCUCGUCCGACGCUCAAGUCAAAGCAAGGCGACGGGCAAAGGCGCCAGCGCCGUCUACUGUCAAGCUGCAGAGAUCUGCGUCGUCGCCCUCGGCCUCUCGCGCCGAUGGCGUUGGCACGGGGAAGCCGGCUUUGGCGGCGCCGGCGCAGUUUUCCAUCUCCACGUCCCCCAACGCCGCAUCGUCACCGAUACAGCAUCAGAGCGCACUUACGGUGUCCACAAAUGACGACGCCGAGCGCGACUUAAUCUCGUCACCUCUAUCGGGCGGACACAGCGGCCGCGGCGGCGAAGCCAUCGGGUCGACCGCACCGGAUCGGAUCGCCGCGAUUCAGUCCACGCAUCUCCACGUCUCCGCGAGGCGCGGCACGGCCUGGAAAGAUGAUUCGACGGCGUCUGACCUGUCAUCCUCUUCUUCCCGGCUACCGGCGUCUGUGUCGCCGUUUCGGGCGUUACGCAGCGCCUCCGGGGCUGGAGGCAGUGCGAGGCCACCGGUUUCACGGACGCGCAGUCCCCUGUAUGACGGGCGCGUAGACUCCUCUCGCUCUGCUUCUCUGCACCGAUGCGCCACACCCGCUGUGGACGGCGCGCGCCGCAGUGGCGCUGUUAGAACAGGCAGGAGUGCGCUGACCUCCUCUCGCGCAACGACGAGCCCGACUUUACGGAACCAAUUAAAAGAUCCGUUGCAGGCGAACCGACGCGCCGUGCAGCAUGAAAUGGACAAGCGCACCGCCUUGCGUGCUCAAGCCAUGCUUUCGGAGCAUGGCGUUGCUGUAGAUGUCCAGCUGGCGGGACGCCGCGUACCAUCUCUGGUGAAGCUGUCGAAGGACGGGAAAGAGCUGCUGUUUUACCUCGAUCGCAUUGAGCAGGUGCCGCUGCCGACACCGCGCCCCUCUCCGCUGAAGUUAUUGCCUGCCUCGUCAGCCGAGUUCGCAUCUCGCUCCCCGUCGCCUGCGACAGUCGUGUCGCACGUAGCUGGGAUCGGCAGUGCGUCAGCCACGAUGAGCCGAAUGUCACAGCUGUCUGCCUCCUCGUCUCCAGCGGCAGCACAGCCACCCCGGUUUCACCCACCGCGGCUCCCUGGCGCUGCGGUUCCUGUUGCACCAUCUAUGCAGCUGCGCAACAGUCUGGUGAAGAUGCCACCCGUUGGCACGUUCGUGAAGGGGAAGGCGAUUGCGGAGCGAGGCGGCGGCGUCGUUGGGGCCCCGCCGCGGGGCAUUGCGCCAUCGCUCUCUUCACCACAACAGCAGCGGUUAGUUUACGCCGCACCGCCACAGCGCAGAGGUGCCGCAGCGUUCCCAUUCCCGUCCCCGUCGCCAUUCCCACCGCACAUGGCGGCGGCAACGCUGCUGAGACGGAGUGUGUCUCCUUGUACUGCCGCCUCGACUCGGCCGAUACGUGUGCGGGAGCUGCAUCACUUUCCUUGCGCGUAUUCUCGGGUGUACGUUCCGUUCGGCGUCAUGGGUUAUGAGAGCGACCUCGGUCUUGGCGGCCCAAGGACUUGGGAGGAUGUCGGCAGCGUCCUCUGCGGACCCGCCAGCUUCGAGGUCCUUCGGCGCUACCGCUGCCCGCUGUUUGCUGAGGUACGGGGGCCGUUAUGUGCCCCAUAUCGAGUCUACGUCAUCAUCCCCCAGUUCAAGCGGAUCGACGUGCCGCAGGAUGCAGUGUUGCUCGUGCUUGACUUUCAGCAGCGUGUCGACUGGGUACUCUUCUUGUUGGCGAUGCAGCACGACGUGGCGGACAGAGGUGAUUGCGACGGCGGCGGCGAUAGUGGCGCUCUCGCCGACUCGUCGAGUCUCAGCGGCGGCGCUGCGCAAUCGCCGGUUCUGUCGUACGGCCGCGCUCUGUGGAUGCUGGCGGUGCAGCGCCUCCAGCGGGCACGUGCGCUGCGCGGGAUGAACCCCUUCGACCUUGACAAGAUGUGGCCCGCCCGCCACCCUGACCAACGCGAAAGCCGAGGGACUGAGAGAAGAAGCGGGGGUGGCGCGCUGUCUGUGACGCCAUCUUCCCUCGCAAAAGGAAAGGUUGAUCUGCUGGCGGGACGCGCCGCUGCCACCCGUCGAUCCGACGCCCCACCAUCGACUCCCAGCGGCCGCAACCACGGUGCUAGGUUCACGGUACGCGCUUCAUCAGCCGACUGCACCUCUGUGCCCCCUCGCGGGAGAAACGACUCGCCGGCCCGCCGCAGAGACCCAGGACUGGACUUGGGGUGGGAGGUCUCCGCGGCGGCGGAGGGAGUCACCAGAGGGAGCCAUCGGGGCAGUGACCUUCGCUUUCGGAGCCCCAGGCAGCGCACGUCUUCCGCGCGACCGCAGGCGUUCUCUACAUCACUAGCGGGGGCAACAGUGGUACCAGUGUCCUCACAAGAGGCGUCAAAGCCGCGAUUUGAACUGCUGAGGCGUGUGUCACGCAGUCUAGGCGUCGGCAGAUCCGGCAAAGGUAGUUGA